AUUUUUAUAGUGCUACAAAACCAUGUUUUCUCCUCUCUGUUCAUGUUCCCUUUUCUGACUCCAUCUCUGCGUUUUUGUAUGUUCCAGGUUCAGGUGUGGGACACAGCAGGUCAGGAACGUUUCCGCAAAAGCAUGGUCGAGCAUUACUACCGCAAUGUACAUGCCGUGGUCUUCGUCUAUGACGUCACCAAGAUGACAUCUUUCACCAACCUCAAAAUGUGGAUCCAAGAAUGCAAUGGGCAUGCUGUGCCACCACUAGUCCCCAAAGUGCUUGUGGGAAACAAGUGUGACUUGAGGGAACAGAUCCAGGUGCCCUCCAACUUAGCCCUGAAAUUUGCUGAUGCCCACAACAUGCUCUUGUUUGAGACAUCGGCCAAGGACCCCAAAGAGAGCCAGAACGUGGAGUCGAUUUUCAUGUGCCUGGCUUGCCGAUUGAAGGCCCAGAAAUCCCUGCUGUAUCGUGAUGCUGAGAGGCAGCAGGGGAAGGUGCAGAAACUGGAGUUCCCACAGGAAACUAACAGUAAAACUUCCUGUCCUUGUUGAAACCAAACGGUGUAAAUACAAGAUAAAUUAUCACUGGAGUUUUUCUUUCCCUUUUUUCUGUGCCUGCAUAAUGCUGACACCUGCUUGUUUCCAUACAAAUUGAUAUCAAAAUAAAAUUUGUAUAGAUUA